UCAAAACGAGGAGGAGUCGCGCCUCUCCCGGUUAUUAUUUUAUUUUAUUUUAUUUGACAGCUGGAUCGGGCACAGCGUCGCACGGGACUUUAGCCGUAGGGAUCGCUUUGAGACCCCGAGGCGCCAGGAUCCGAGCUUGGAUUGGCCGGAGGAGGAAGAAGCCGGCUCUCCAUGGCGUCGUCAGCGGCGGUCCGACAGUUGAGAGAUAUCCUCGAGAUCCAGGAGGCUUUACUGGAUAAAAUAAACAUACAGAAAGAGAACUCAGUAAAUAAGGAGGAAUAUGACGCUAUUGUGAAGAAACUUGAGAAAGAAGAGAAAGAACAUGCAGAGACAAAGAAUACCUUAGCUAUAACAUCUGAACGCCUGCAGUUUGCCCUAGGAGAGAUUGAUAUUUUGUCGAAACAACUUGAGUGGGAGAAACAAGCAUUUGAAAAGGCACUUUCUCAAGUAAACAGUAAAGUGCUAAAACAAUCACUUCAGAAAGACAAACUUAUAAAUAAAUGUACAGAAAUUGAAACCCACAUUCAGAAGCAGGAAAAUAUUCUAAGCUGCAAAGAAAAUGAAAUCAAGGAAUUGCAUUAUUUCGUCAACAAGCAAAAGCAAAUCUUAAAGAAACAAGCAUCUGAAUUCAAAAUACAGAUGCAACAAGAAAGUUACAUAGCAAAUGUACUUGGAAAAAGGCUCAAGAAAAGUUUUAAGUAAUUACAGAAGCAUUCCCUUGGAUUACCAUCUUCGGACUGUUUUUCUUCUCUAAAGGAUUUCCCAAGUUUUCCCACUGAAAAAUUCAUAAAAUAUCAAGUUUUCGUUUCUCAUUCUUUUUAUUGGGUCAAAAUUGGAUAUCCUUUAUUUAUGCAUUUAUCUAAAAUAGUGGGAAUACAACACAGCUAUUCUGAAAUGCUAGUGUUUGAAUGUUUUGUUUCAUUCCUAUCAAGGAACAUAAUUAAUGGUGGGAAGGGCAAUAAAACA